GUUUUUUGGGGAGCCUGAUGCCUUCCCUAUGUUCACUACCAACAACCGAGUGAAGAGGAGACCCUCCCCCUAUGAGAUGGAGAUUACUGAUGGUCCCCACACCAAAGUUGUGCGGCGUAUCUUCACCAACAGCCGGGAGCGAUGGCGGCAGCAGAAUGUGAACGGGGCAUUCGCUGAGCUCCGCAAGCUGAUCCCUACGCAUCCCCCGGACAAGAAGCUCAGCAAAAAUGAGAUCCUCCGCCUGGCCAUGAAGUACAUCAACUUCCUGGCCAAACUGCUCAAUGACCAGGAGGAGGAGGGCACCCAGCGGGCCAAGCCUGCUGUGGCAGCUCCCUGGAUGGGGCAGCCAGCCCGGACAGCUACACAGAGGAGCCAGCGCCCAAGCACACGGCCCGCAGCCUCCAUCCUGCCAUGCUGCCCGCCGCCGACGGAGCUGGCCCUCGGUGAUGGGCCCAGGCCACUAGGAUCAGCCAGGAGGGUGCCCUUAGGCCACUGGGAUGGUGGGCUUCAGGGCAGGUGGGAUGAGAAGCGGGCAGCUCUGAAGCAGGGCAAUGGACUUGAUGAACUUUCCUUGAUGUCUGAACUUUGGGAAGCCUUUACUGACCCUGGGGCUGGCUCCUCUGUUUCCUGUCUCAGUAGGAGAACAGAAAAAUGGAGCAAAGUGUAGGUACUUUUUAUGAAGACGGCACAGUCUUCCCCUUCCCCCAAUCCCUAGUACUUCCCAAGUAAGAGGCUCGAGUCAUUGCUUUUGCCUGGGGUUUGGGAGCCCUGUCUUUGCUGAGACCUGGGGUGGUCAGCUCUCACCGGAGGCAUCUAGCAGCCUCUGCCUUGCCUUUAGCCCCUCCCAAGCUGGCUGGGUGGCUUUUGUGGCCACUUCUGUCCAAAUAUAUAGGUACCCAGCUGCUGCCCAUUUCUUGAGCCCCAUCUUCACUCAGGCCCACGUUGAUCCAUCCAGCUUGCCAACUGCUGCAGAGUCACAAGCCUCGAGGUGCCUUCUUCAGGGCCUGGUGGAAGAAGACGGCCAGUGGGCAGCCUGCUCUAGACUAGCUGGGCCAGAGGGUCAGGAAACCCCACUGCCCUUACGUCUUGCCCUGGGGAUCAAAGCUCUGCCUUCUCCCCACUGAGACUUGCCUUCCUUAUCCUGCGGCUGUGGGGGCCCAUCUGCAGCCUUGAGUGUGCCCUGUUGGGAUUUGUGUGAAGGCAGAGAAAGGGACAAUGAUAUUAGAAUGAGAUGGCGCAAGAGGUAUUUUGGGCAUGUGGGCUUCAACUCCUUCACAUCACCAUUGAUGCUGGUGAACGAAUGCCAGUGUUCUGAUGGGCAUAUGCUGGUGCCGAGUAGAUGGGAAGUCCUAUGUGUGCAUUCUAGAUGCUUAGAGGGCUCUCCCUGCUGUAAGAUGUCUGUUUGCGGAUGGUCUGGUCCGUGCUCCAAACUGAGCACAAACUCUGUCUUAUGAAUUCUUUGCGUUUGG